AUGGCUCACCUCGAUGUAGAGGCUCUUUUGGAUGCGGCCGCGAACGGCGACAGCGGCCCGAAAGGACAGAAUGGGAAAUCCGAGACGCUGCUGAACGGCCACGGAUCAACGAAUGCUGAUGACGCCGACAAGUAUGCCAACGGAAAGAGCCACAGCAAUGGCGGCCGCAGUCCCGACGAAAACGGCCGCAGCCGGCAUCGCACGCGAAGCCGCAGUCCCGAGCGCGAAGAAGACCGAGAGCGCGAUCGUAGACGGCGGGAUCACCGCAGUCACAGUCCGCGCAGCGAAGCCGGCAGCCACAAGAGCAGCAGGCGUAGAAGCCGGAGCAGAGACCGGGAGCCGCGCGCGGGUCGAAACUCACGGCGCCGGAAUCGAGGGCGCGGUGGUGGCGGUCGUGGUGGCGACGAUGUGAUGGACGGCGAUCAUUACUCCUCCCGGAACGGACGCUCGCGAUCACGGUCUCCGAACCGAUACUACCGCCCGCGCGACUCGCGACGCGACCGUGAUGAUGACCGCGGUGGCCGGCGACGCGACGACCGGGAUUCUGACCGCAGACGGCGCGACCGUUCGCCCCAUUCCCGCGACACCUCGAUGCCGCCGCUGACUGAGGACGAACGCGACCGGCGGACCGUCUUCGUGCAGCAGCUGGCCGCAAGACUGCGCACGCGCGAGCUGAAGGACUUUUUCGAGAAGGCUGGGCCCGUGGCCGAAGCCCAAAUCGUCAAAGACCGUGUUAGCAACCGAUCCAAGGGAGUUGGCUACGUUGAAUUCAGAAGUGAAGAGUCCGUCACGGCUGCUCUUCAGCUCACAGGUCAGAAACUGCUAGGUAUCCCUGUCAUUGUGCAGAUGACGGAAGCCGAGAAAAACCGACAAGUACGUAGCACAGCAGAAGCGACGAGCAACGGUAACUCUACCGGAGUGCCCUUCCACCGUCUGUACGUGGGCAACAUCCACUUCAGCAUUACCGAGUCCGACCUACGCAACGUAUUUGAACCGUUUGGCGAGCUCGAAUUUGUCCAGCUGCAAAAAGACGACACUGGCCGCAGCCGUGGCUAUGGUUUUGUGCAAUUUCGUGACUCUGACCAGGCUCGUGAGGCACUGGAGAAGAUGAACGGCUUUGAUUUGGCAGGGCGCCCCAUCCGAGUUGGUCUCGGAAACGAUAAGUUUACCCCAGAGUCAACUGCGAAUCUGAUGAAGGGGUUCCAAGGUCGCGACCAGCAGCAGCAGCAUCAAGGCUCUGCCUUCUCCGGCUCUGGCGGCCGGGGCCAAAAUGCGAGCAACUUUGACCGUGCCGGUGGCCGGGACAACGACAAAGGUAGUGGCGCGGGUGCUCUAGAUGACACUGACGUUGCUGGCGUCAAUUUCAAUAACUACAGUCGAGACGCCCUCAUGAGGAAGCUCGCUAGGGCCGACGAUUCUUCUGCCAACGGUACAGGUGGUGGCAGCACCUCGGCUGCGGCUGAUGAGCAGCAGCGACCGAUUCUGAAACCCCGGACAGAAGCAAAACCGCUCCCGGUUAACGUGAAUAUGGCAAGCCGAUGUGUGGUCCUGCACAACAUGUUUGACACAUCCGAAGAAGAGGGCGAAGAAUGGAUCAAGGAGCUGGAAGACGACGUCCGCCAGGAAGCCGAAGAAAAAUACGGUCAUGUGGUUCACGUUGCUUUAGAUCCGAACUCGAUCGGCGAUAUCUACCUGAAGUUCGACAAGGUCCAGGGCGGCGAGAAUGCCAUCAAGGGCCUGAACGGCCGCUAUUUCGGUGGUCGCAUGAUCACGGCUGCACCGGUUGUGGAUGCCGUCUACAGUAGUUUGUUCUCUCGCACAAAGGCGAUCUAA